AUCGCCUACUGGACUUAAAUAAUUGUCUUUUGUUAAGCCCAAAAUUGUUGACCUUUCUUCCUUGUUCCUUCAUUCGUUCUCUACUACAAUUUUUUUCCUGAAUUUUGCUCCUACAAGUUAUGGAUGGAACAAUUUUGUUAAAGGGAGUUAUAUUCACGUGCUUAAUUGCCUGUACAACUGGUAGAGAACUCAAAGUGAAGGAUCAAGGGACAAUCUACAAUCACACGCUUGCCACCAUAUUGGUGGAAUAUGCUGCAACGGUCUAUGUGUCAGAUUUGACAGAACUAUUUACUUGGACAUGCCCAAGAUGUGGUGAUUUGACGAAGGGGUUUCAAAUUUUAGAGCUCAUUGUUGAUGUGAAGCGAUGUCUACAGGCAUUUGUGGGGGUGGCUCCAGAUCUUAAUGCCAUUGUAAUUGCCUUCCGAGGCACUCAGGGAACCAGCAUACAGAACUGGGUUGCAGAUCUAUACUGGAAGCAGCUUGAUAUAGAAUAUCCUGGAAUGGAAGAUGCAAUGGUUCAUCAUGGAUUUUAUUCUGCUUACCACAAUACAACAUUACGCCCUGGAGUGUUAAGUGCUGUCAAAAGAGCAAAAGAGCUGUAUGGAGACAUUCCCAUUAUGGUUACAGGGCAUUCAAUGGGAGGGGCCAUGGCUGCAUUUUGUGGAUUGGAUCUCAUAGUAAAUUAUGGGUCACGGGAUGUUUCAGUUAUGACAUUUGGACAACCUCGAAUAGGGAAUGCUGCUUUUGCGUCCUACUAUAGCAAAUGGGUGCCAAAUACAAUUCGUGUCACACAUGAACAUGAUAUUGUGCCUCAUCUGCCCCCGUACUAUCACUAUUUCCCUCAAAAAACUUAUCAUCAUUUUCCUACAGAGGUGUGGCUCCAUAACCUUGGGUUUGGACUUCUUUCUUAUACCGUUGAAAAGGUCUGUGAUAAUUCUGGGGAAGACCCUUCUGGUAGCAGGUCAGUGACUGGUAAAAGUAUUAAGGAUCAUCUGAGGUAUUAUGGUGUAAGAUUAGGAGGUGAGGAUGGAUUCUGCAGAAUUGUGGAACGUGGUCUUGCUGCAUAUGGCACAGUAGAUGUUGAUGGAAAUGUCAUUCUAUCCAGAGAUAUUCCUGCUUCUGUUUUGAGGAUGAAUGUGGAGUCAAAUGAGAAAGGGCGAUCGGUAUAGAGGUUUUUGGGAUUAUUUCUUGGCUUUGGGGAGGUGAAUACCGGUCCCUGGUAAGGCUUAAAUUGGAGCUGUAUACCCUGUCAAUUGUGCAGUUUGGUCAUAUAUUUAGUUCUUUUUUCUUAUGUGUACAUAUAUAUUCUAUUCUAUGUAAAUAAACAAGAAUUUUAUUUACUAUUGUAAUGAACUCCGUGUCAGCCAUUAUGAUACAUUCAGUUACACUAAUGAGAAUUGUGACUGUUCAAGUUUGAAA